UCCAGAUCGCCGUUCCUGCUCUACCUCCGGCUGCCUCCCCAGCAGCCCCUGGCGCUGCCUGCCAGGUUUCCCUAGCAAUGAGCCAUGUCGUACAGCGCGGCGGCCUCCUCCCCGCGGCCUCCCCACGCCGGCCAGCCUCCCGCCUGCCUGCGCCGCCUUCCUCCACCGCCCUCCCCGAGGCAGCCCAUGGCCGAACCCUGCUCAGCGCAGCUGCAGGGCGAAGCGGCCGCCUUCACCGCUGCUCUCCGCACCCUGGUCAACAACCCCCAGUUCAGUGACGUGACGUUCGUGGUGGGCCGGGAGAAGCAGAAGGUGUUUGCACACCGCUGUGUCCUGGCGUGCCGCUGCCAAGCUUUUCGGGGGAUGCUCAGCCAGGGACUGACAGGCAGCAAGGACGCUACCAGUAACAUCCCGCCCCAGGGCCCCUUCAUUCUGGGCAACGUGCAGCCUGAGGUCUUCCUGGCUGUCAUCGAGUUCCUCUAUACCAACAGCAUCAACCUCAACAGCCAGAUCGUGCUGGAGGUGCUGACCUCAUCAGUGGAGUAUGGCCUGCAGGACCUGUGCAAGCUCUGUGUCAAGUUCAUCAAGGACACGCUGAGCGUGGAGCAGGUCUGCGAGGCCCUGCAGGCUGCAGUGACCUACGGGCUGGCAGACCUCCAGCAGCACUGCCUGGCAUUCAUCGAAGGCUGCACUGCGGAGGUGGUGCGGACACGGGGCUUCCACGAGCUCUCCGACACGGUGCUGGCACAGGUGCUGCGCAGUGACCGCCUGGCUGUGGAUGAGCUGGACCUGGUGCAGGCUGUGCGGGAGUGGGCGCACGUCAGUUCGGCCGUCUUGGAGCGCCCAGUGCCUGAGGUGGCCGCUCUGCCCGUGCGGGAGCUGCGCCUGCCCUUGCUGGCACCCAGCGAGCUGGCGACGCUGGAGAGCCACAACCAGCGGGAUCUGCUCAUCCCGGUGGAGAGCAUUGCAGCAGCCUGGCGGUCCCACGCGCUGAAGAAGGUCAGUGGAGUACCCUCCCACCUCUACCGGCCCCGGUGUGGCACAAAGCCCCGUGACCACCACCGUCACCUGGACCCGCACAGCAAGUAGGAGACAGGAGCCAAUGUCCUCCCAGCCUGACCUGGGGGCUCCAGCAGCAGCAGCGUCCCUUGCUGAGUGCUCCGCAGCGGGGCAGGCUGCAGGGCUGGGCACUGCUGGAGGUGCCAUCAUGACUGAGAGCAUCAGUAAAUCCCUUUGCCCCAUGACACGGCUUUGGGGCCAGGGCAGGAUG